AUGAAACACUGGCUUGUGUUUGAGGUCUUUGCUUAUUAUAUAUAUUCUGUGAGCGGCUAUAGUCUCGUCCGCGAAUAUUCGGGCAAGAGCUUCUUCGAUCUUUGGGACUUUUACGGCGCUUAUGACAACACGACUCUGGGUAAUGCCAUAUGGGCCAACGAGUCCUAUGCAACUAGUCAGAAGCUGGCGUACAUAGACAGUCAAGGAAAUGCCAUAAUCAAGGUGGACAACACAACAAACGUGCCUUUGGGCCAGAACCGCAGCACGGUUCGCAUAACUACUCAAGACACAUAUGAUAUCGGAAGCCUUUGGAUAAUCGAUCUCAGUCACAUACCGUUUGGAUGCUCAGUAUGGCCCGCAUUUUGGACUUUCGGGCCUAACUGGCCGGAGGAUGGGGAGAUUGAUAUCAUCGAGGGCAUCAAUAUGAUGACCGCUAAUCAAAUGAGUAUCCACACCACGCCAGGAUGCACUCAUAACGGAUCAGAAUAUGAACUUGGUGUAAGCGGUACAACAACCGACUGUUCUCUACCCCCUGGAUGCACAGUGGGCGAAACUUCUCCGAAUAGUUAUGGAAGCAGUUUUGCAACAGCUGGUGGGGGAGUUUAUGCAACCCAAUUUGAUGCAUCGGGUAUCUUUAUCUGGUACUGGAGUCGACCCGACGUACCUGCUUCCAUCAAUCAGGCGGCUCCGGUGAACGUCACUCAAUGGGGAACUCCGCAUGCCAGUUAUUUUUCUAACACUUGCAACAUCACCCAACUUUUUACUGCGCAGAACCUAGUUUUAGAUAUUACUCUUUGCGGAGACUGGGCAGGUGUUGAAGACAUCUAUGAUGCAUCGUGUAGCAACUCGGGUCCAACAGGUACAUGUUACGAGGACUGCGUAAUUGGAUCUGGCAGUCCACGAUAUGAUGAUGCAUAUUUCAACAUAUCCUAUAUUCGUGCAUACACCUCUGCUCUACCAUCUGCCACUCCAACGACAUCCUCCAGUCCCACAAGGGUAACGACUACGCGUUACAGUGGGAAAUCCACC